AUGGCGGCGAUGGCGGGGGAGGAGCAGACGGUGCUGGUGCGGUGCGCGGACCUGGCCAAGUUCAAGGUGCCGGCGUCGGUGGCGCGGCGGGCGGGGAGCGUCGCGGCGGCGCUGGAGGCGGGGCAGAGCGUGGUGGAGCUGCCGCGGGGGGUCUCCGGCAAGGGCCUCGCCACGGCGGUCGCGUACUACCAGGCCCGCGCGGAGGCGGAGGCGCGCGGCGCGGACGGUGGCGAGUUCGACGGCGAGUUCGUCCGCGGGCUGACGCACGACGCCGCCAUCGACCUCAUCUACGCCGCGCACCACCUCGGCGACGAGGCGCUCUUCAACCUCUUUGCAGGCUACAGGGCUUAUUAG